GAAUCACAAACAGGAGUCUUUGCCCGUCUCCACGCCCUGUUUCCCAAUUUCGAAGGCCCUCCUUCCAAGACUGCGAACGAAACUCUGCCAUCAUCAUCUAUUGCGAUAUCCCAAGGCAACGCCACGAAACACUCCAAGACAUUGAAGCUGCGCAUCGUGUCUUGGAACAUGCACGAAUCACUCCCAAAGGGUGAGCUUGAUGCGCUGCUUGGGUCUGUUCCCCCAUACACUGCCUCCGAAUCGCCCCGAAUACUUCCGGACUUCGGAGAAGGGGAGGAACAUCCAUGUCAUAUCAUAAUUGUUGCCGGUCAAGAAUGCCCUUCCGCCACAGGUCUUCUUCCGAUGGCAUUUGGUGCAGGUAACAGCCUGACCGUGCGUGAAAAAGACAAGGACAAGAAAGUUGGCCGGCGCAAGAGAAGCGACGACCAGUACAAGAGAUUAGAGAAUUCCCCCGAUAGUACACUCCUGUUAGAUCUCCCGGCCUCACCAACAAUGAGUCAUUUCCCUAGUACGGGGAAUCUGCCCACAUCCAGCACAAUAUUACACCACAGAGAACGCGAAACCGGGGGUUGGACACAGAUAUUGGAAGAUUGGUUUGUCCGUGGUAUCCGACGAUCUGGUUCGAUGGAAGAGGAGAAUCAGAAUGGCGAAGUGCCGCAACCCUUGUCUCAGCCUACUGAGCGGACUGAAAAUGUCUCGGCAGAUACUGUAGCGCAAUCUGCUUCUCCCCAACUGAAUAGAUCGCCCUCGGAUUCGGUGCCGCACAAGCACAACCACCCGCUACAUCUCCUCACUUCGACUGCAGUCCAUACUAGCCAUCCUACGUCAAAUCAGCACACCGGGUCCUAUGUCCUCGCUGUGAAAGAACGGAUGAUGGGUAUCUAUCUAGCUGCUUAUGUGCAUCGUGAUGUGGAACAUUUGCUUCAAGGUAAAGAUGCUGAUGCUGUGACCGCGGGUCUCAUUGGUGGUCGCGUUGGCAACAAAGGCGGUGUUGGUGUCAGUUUGAAAAUUGCGGGCAUCACAUUCUUGUUCGUCAAUGCGCAUCUCGCUGCACACACGGGAAGGGUAGAUCUUCGAAUGGCCAAUUUAUCCAAGAUUAAGACUGAAUUGUCUCUCGACGCGUUUCUUGGUUCCGACGACCCAAGGCAGAUGGCUGAAGACAUAACAGAUCGUUUUGACUAUUCCUUCUUCUUCGGUGAUCUGAAUUUUCGUUUGGACAUCUCUCGCUUGCACGCCGACUGGUUAAUUUCUCGCAAAGAAUUUGCGCAGGCAUUGGAGUUUGACCAGCUCCGUGGGCUAAUGAAGGAUGGUCAAUUCCCUGGGUUCAGCGAGGGGCCCAUCAACUUCCCACCAACUUUCAAGUAUGACGUUCAACAUCGGCAUAGGAGUCACCGUAUGAGCGUGCGGAAGGCUAUUCAGAAGACGAGGGAACAACUCCGGAAACUGGAUGUUUACGAUGAAGUGUCCGAGCAGGAAGACAAUGCUGUUAAUGACAGCCAAGAUGGCGUCGAGGUAGCGGAGGAUCACCUGUCCUUUGUUUCUUCCGUUAUUGGCAGCUCACUAUACUCCGGAUCCGGCAAAUAUGAGACUGAUCCCGACUCAGAGUCUGUCGCGGCGGAUGCAAAUGCAGAGGACUCACCGGCUCUCCUCAAUGCGGUCGCAAAUUCCAAGUCACCUUCGUCGAGGCCUGCUGCGGCUAUCCACAAUAUCAUGCAUAGUCAGGCCGCCCGGAAGGCUAAAUCGAAGUGGCUCGCCCUUGUUGCUCGUGCGCGUGGCGCAUCAGUCCACAGUUCACGGUCCAACCAACCAUGUCAGGGAUCAGGCCACACACAGCCUCCUAAAUCUCCCAAAUUCUCCAAAUCUACGCCGUCAUUAUCACGGAGGGGCCCGCGGACCCGCCGCCUGACUUCGAAGAGCUCGCCCCCUUGCAGUCCACCAGGAAGGUGUAUGAACAGUCAUUUGGACCAUGUGUCGUCAGAGCCGACGCCAUGUAUGUCAUCGGCCGGGCUCCCCUCCAUUGAAGUUGCAGGCCCUACAGAUACUUCGCCUGUGACAAUGCCUAAGUUUGAGAGCAGUCCGUCGUCCGUACAGCCACAGCCCGGUGGCACUUCGCAGUCUGGAUCAGAAAAGGAGAAAGCUGUUGGCGCGAAGGAUGAGGUUGCGCCUGGUGUAUAUGACACAUCAUCCAAGCAGAGGGUUCCCAGCUGGUGCGACCGCAUAUUGUACAAGUCCACAGUUGUUCCUGACCCCGAGGAGGAAUCCCCUGAUCAGCAGCGCACUGCGCCCAAGGGCUUCCGAGUAGGUCGCAAGAUAAUUGACACCAUAUUCACCAGGACAUCUCGCUGCCGAAAAGACUCAAGUGCCUCAACUGCGCCCUCAUACGAAAGCAGCACUCAUACGCCUCAACGAUCUCAAUCUACCCCAACAAAUCUCGAAUCAGUGCAUCUUUCUUCGGGGAUUUCUCAAAGUCCAAUCUCAAUCGGGGACAACGUUCCCUACUUCGCAAUGCCUUCACCGCAGUUUGUGACCACCCCCGUGCCUCGUUCUGUCUCGCUUGGUGCUGUUGAAGCAUAUAAAUUAUCCAGCCCAUCCUCACAAGACGCCCCCAAUGCCAAGCAGAAGCGUUCAUUCUCCUCCUCUUCGUUGCCUUUCCUGAAAAAAUCGCGGUCUAAGCCAUCUAUCAACUUGCCCCAAGCCAACCUCCCAAGGUCAACCUCCCCAUUGCCAAUUGUAUCGCAAGUCCCCUCUGCUUCCAUUCCUUCCAAGUGCACUCCACCUCCCCGGCCGGUUCCCGGUAGACGAUGGUUUCUUCAAUUGCCUUCAUCUAUCCUAAACCCUUCACCCCUCGUCCCCGGUCUUUCCACCAGUAUCGCGCCUAUGCGCCGAAGAAGGAAGGGUGAAGUGACGUGCCUGAGUUAUCGCACCCUGGAUGAUUGUGAAAUGGCACGACUGCGGGGUAAAUCAGACCAUCGACCAAUCAUCGGAGUCUAUUCUAUCUGCAUCGAGUAACGAAAUUAUCAUAUUAUGCCUGUCCCAGUGGAUUGAACAGGACGUGACUGCCUGUAACUCGCUCUAUUUCCAUCGCUGCUUGUAGCUAUACCCACAAUCUCGCACAGCUAUAUAGUCUCUUGCUUUCGUUUGUUAACUGUCCUCGAAUAGAGCCAAUUGUCUUGGCCUGGAGCAUUAGUAUUGUCGAGGCAAUGUCAUUUAAGCACAUAGGAUCAAAAUGCUAUGAAAAACAGCGUGAAGGUCGAUGUUUC